AUGUUUCAAAGUUUAAUAAAGAAUAGUAUACCUAAAUGUUAUACUAGAAUAAUACAGCACCCAAUUAGAAUAACUCCAACAUCAAUACGUUUCAAUUCAACAUCACAACAACCGAUAAAAUUUGACCAAGAACAAAUUAUUCAAGACCAAAAUAAACCAGAAUUAAAUAAUGAAGAACAAUCUCAACAAAAAUCAAGAUCUGAACAACAGCUUUUAAAUAUUGACGAAUUAUUAAAUAUUUCAAUACCUUCAAUUGAAGAUACAUUACUAGAUUCAAGAUUUACAGAAAGUUAUGCUUAUGAUCCAGUAAUUAAACCUCCAUCACCAAGAGAUGUUGCAAAAAGUCAUAGAGUAAUGGGUACAAAUGCUGGUAGAACAGUUGAAAUUGAUUAUAAUAAUAUUUCAAAAGGAUUUGGUCAACUUAACAGACUACUUAGAGAUAAUAAAGUAAGGUAUUUACAAAGAAUUCAAGCAAGAUUUAUUAAACCUGCGAAAUUAAGAAAACAACAAAACAGUGAACGUUGGAGAGCACAUUUUAAGAAGCAUUUUAAAGAAACUUUAAGUUUAAUUAAAGAUGCCAAAAGAAGAGGAUAUUAG